AUGGGCUACCACGUUGCAAUACUCAUCCUGGCGUAUAAAAGACCAGACGACGCGCCGGUGCUGCCAGUGGGUUAUGUGAUUGCGCCCUACCUUUUGACGGCUUCGUGGCUGGGCGCCUUCAUCGCAAUGACCAUCGUUCUGUCGUGUCGGGACUUGAAGGAAAUGACCCUGUUCAACUUUCAAAUCGCUGUACCGCAAGCCAUGAGGGUCACACAGAAGAUUCAGAUUAUGCUGGAUCCUCUGGAGUGUGUUAUCCUUGGAGAUAUCGCAAUCAGGAGCACCAUUGACCGCCGGCGAGCUCGCAGGUUCGAGAAGGAACGAGAGCCGAUGUGCUCAUCUCCACGCACUGGUAUCGGCGUUCAAAUCCUCGUCUCUCAGGAGUUGGUGACCCAGACUCCACGAUAUGCACGAACUCUUACGAAGAUCAUGGACAACCGAACCGGACAGGAUAGCACGAGAUAG